AUAUAAUAAUAAUAAUAAUAAUAAUAAGCAAUCUAAUGUGAAUACAAAAUCAUGUGUAACCAAUUUACAGAAUGUAUCAUCCUAUUUCAAUAAAACAUUACAAAUAGAACCAAUUAAAUUUACAUCAAUCAAUUCAGAAGAAUAUCAAACAGACUAUUUACCAAAUUUACCACCAAAUUAUUCAAAUAAUUUAACAGACUGGUCAACAAGUUACAUGAAACAUGAACAACAGAAUGGAGAGGAACAUUUUAAUAAGUUUACAGAGAUUGAAAGUUGGCCAUCUUAUAAAUCAAAUACUACAUCGUCACUACUUCAAAUGUUUACAAAUUAUUGGUUACAAUUAAGUAAAAAUUAUAUCUUAAAUAAUUCAUCUCAGACAAGUUUAGAUGCACGAACAGUUAUUGCUAGUUUAUUGCCUUCAUUAUUGUUAAAAAAUAGUACAAUCAGUAGUACAUUUGAAUCAAAUGAUACAUCGUCAUCAGUUAAAAAUAAUGAAUAUGAUAUCAAUGAGAAUCUUUCACAUUCGGAAUCACCAAGAAUUACUAUACGUGAAAUUCCACCAUUGAUUACAAAUGAAAUAGAAGAGAAUAUGGAUUAUAAAUUUCAUAAAACAUACAAUUUUAAUCCAACAGAUUAUGUUAUUUCUUCGUCUCCUAAUACAAAUCUUGAGAAUGAUCAAUAUCCGCGAAAAUCAUCAAAAUAUAUUAAUAAAACCGAUAGGAAUAUAAGUAGAAAAUCACGGAACACAAAAUUGUGUACCACAAAAACAUUUUCAGUUCGUUAUAUAUUGGCUAAGAAAAAGAAAAGUCUCUCUGUGAUAGGGAAGAGAAAAAGGACAAGAAAAGUUACAGAAAUGAAAUUUCAACCAUUGAGCCCUUUACAAUGUGAUUUUAAACAGAAUAAAUCAUACAAUUUAAAACAAAAUGAAUUAACUGAAAAUCAAUUUUCCCCAUAUAGGUCACAAAGUUUACAAAACCAAUAUAUUUUAUCAAAUACUGAUUAUGUGUGUUCACCGAACAAUUUAUCCAAUACAUCUAGUAGACGUUCACCUAUUCAAUGUAGUUACAAUGAUAAUUAUUUAACAGAUAUAACUGAAUUAAAUUAUACCCAGUCAUUAGAAUCUAACUCUGACGAAGUGCUUGACCUUUCUUUACACAAUAGAAAACAAGAUACCUUGGAAGGAAGUUAUACACUUCCACACGAAGUUCAUACACCUGGUAGAUCUAAUAUUCCAUGGAUGAAAAAACCUGAUAUUAGUUUAAAACCCCCAGUUUUUACACCAAUCAACACAUCUGACACUUUGUGUUCUUCGUAUACAAAUACUAACAUGUUAGCUCAAUCUGAAGCGGACAUAAAACUUUCUAAUCAGGAGUUUAAUUUAAACAAUAUUCUACAUGAUAUUUAUAGUCUACCAAUUAUGCAACAUAUGAAGACAUUGCCAACUCCAAUUAAUAAUGAAUUUAAAAGAGAUACAACUACUGGUACUACUAUCUCUAACAAUAAUCCAUUGAAUAUUCUGCCAUUACCAGCCAAUACAUCAAAUAUUAAUAAAAUGUUUCCAGUUCAUUCAACUAUCCCAACAACACUGAUUCAAAAAAAGAAUUCAUAUAAAGAUGCGCCUAAAUUAAUCACUUGUCCUAUAGCUGGUUGUCAACAAAAGUUUCCAUGGAACAGUUCAUUAAAACGACAUAUUUUAACACAUACUCCUCAUAAACCAUUUGCCUGUACAAGAUGUACAAAAUCAUUUUCAACCAAAUCAAAUCGUGAACGUCACAUGGAACGUGUGCAUCGAGUUAGUUUAAAACGACAACGUCAACGUUUUCAUCAGUCAAAUAUGAGUAUACAAAGUCCUUCUAGUGGUGAUAAUCGUUCUGAGUUAAGUGGUCAUAAUUCUAAUCUAAAUUCUAUUAGUCGAACUAAUAUUGGAGAUAAUGAUCAGGAACUUGACAAUAUUGAAGAACUGAGAGAAGAUGAAAUAAUAUCCAUGAAUUCAAAUGAAAAGCAGGCGGAAGAUAUCAGUAAUAGUCUGUUGAUACGAGCUGGAGAUCCAGUAGUGGAACCCAAUCCUGAGAGAUUAUAUAACGCUGCACUACUUGCAGUGGCGAAUUCUACAAGAAGUGGUCUAACAAACUAUUUAAAUGACACUUCUUCGAACUGUAUAAAAGAUAUUCCUCAAAGUAUGUUGCCUACUGUUCCAGUCCGAUUAGGAAGGACGGGAAGGGUUGGCAGGCGUCCUAGGCGCGGCAACAUACUGAAUAUGAGGAGCAAUGUUCUGGAUAAAGACGAUCAAAUGACUUUUCGUACAAUUCCUCAAACAAGUAAUGCUAAUAGUUCUAUGCAUGAUGACGUCACAGAACCACCAGUGGAUUUAUCUAUGCAUUCAGCGUCAAAAAAUGCAUCUUCAACACUUUCUUGUCCAGUAUGUUCAGUACCAGUUGCAAGUAGGUGUUUUCGCCGUCAUCUUACACUACAUCAACUAGACAAUCCAGUUUUUCGAUGUCAUUUGUGUCAGCUUACAUUCCAAGAUCAAGUUUCAACUUUAACUCAUUGGGCUAUGGAGCACUCAAACGAGUGGGCUAAAUUUGUUAAAAAACUAAGCUCAAGUGAAAGGUCAGCUGAUGUUUUAACGCAAAUCCAGCUAACUUUGAGUAAAAAUAAUCAGACAAAAGCUGAGUUAGAGAAAGACAAUGAAACUAACAAAAACUUACCAGAAUCAAAAGAUCCAAUUAAUUACUCCUUAAAAACAACCACUUACGAUAUGCGCUAUGUGUCAUGUUGUGUUUGUCUUCAUCGCUUUGGUAGUCAACAAGAUUUGCAAAGGCAUAUGAGAUCCCAUACUGGUGAGCGGCCUUUUGUUUGUCCACAUUGUGGGAAAGAAUUUUCUUUGAAACACAGCAUGCAUAGACAUGCUCGUGUUCAUAUUAAGGAGAAUGUUCGAAUAAAUGCUUCCAAAAACGCCUCCCUACCUACAAACAAUCAUUCAUGUCCUACUUUUAAAUCGGAGGAGAUUAGCUGAGCAAUUUUUUGGGUUAUCUUUUCUGUAUUUCACUAAUCAAGCGCCACACUUUGAAGUAUUUUCAAAGUUUACAUCUUUAAAAUAUUCGUUUCAAAUGUACUUUUCCAGUUUCCGUUUCCAUGCUUCAUUAAAUUCAUCAGGAAAUUUCUUUGGUGCUUAUGGUUACAAAUUUUAUUGUAAAUUGACCUAGUGUUAUCAUCAAAAAUUUACUGCAUCUUAACGGAAUUCUUUUUACAGUUAUGUUACGGUGAAGGUUAAAAAUGCAUUUUUGAAAACGAUCAAACGCUCUAAAAC